AUGGAACCAUCUAUCGGAAAACUAUCGCAAACCCUGUGCAAUACAAUCACUUUACUCCAAUCUAGACAUACCCCAAAUGCCACUCCCCGCCCUGUCACUCAGCGUGCGUUACCGUUAAGCUCUCAGAGAAACCCUGCGUCGAUGAUCCCUCCAUCGCCUAUCGUCGUACACAGCAAGAUCAAUGACCGCCUAGAUGAGCAUCUCAUUGAUGAUGUUUUCGAUCAAGUCAUAGUGGCUAUCGAUACAAGGGAUUCCGGCACCGUCGGCUGCUCAUACUACUCGGCCCGUGAGGAGAAGUUGUAUCUGCUUGGGGAUAUGCAGUCGUCAGGUACCGACGUAAUUGAUACCAGUACGUUUUUUGCUGAUGGUGAACUAUGCGAUAUACUAAGUCGCUACUAG